AUGGCAGACCACGCAGAUACCAGUCUCAAUGCAGCGCAGGGGGAGGAGCCUCCUUACAAGAAGAACCUUGAGCGUCUCGCGGCCCUCCAGGAGCGUCUCAGCAAGGUGCAGAAGACUGCCGAAUCCCUCCUCGCGACCGUUAGUGGCUCUGGUGGCGAGUACGCCGACAAGCUCAUCUACUCUGAUUUUAAUCGUGUCAAGAGGUUCAUUGAGUCCAACCCAUCGAACAUUCAGCCCGGCCUGUCCUUGGAUGACGACAACACAGUGGAGAUCCGCUUCGUUGUGAAAUUUGAUGACGCAGACGCAGUCACAAGUUCACUGAACAAGCUUAAGAUCUCGACUGAAUCAUCCUAA